AUGAUCAGCAGCGCGUAUGUGAUGGAGCUCGCCGUCAUCGGCGGAAGCGGCGGGGGUCCCUUCGACCACCGCGCCGCGACCGAGCAGCAAGGGGCCGGCACCCUGGGCUGCGGCGCCCGGGGCAUGCGCCUCUCGCGGCUGCAUGUCGAGGGCUGGGCGGUGCUGUCAAACGUGAAAGCGACCUACGCCCUGAUCAAGGACCCAAACGGCGCCUCGGUGGCCGUCCCUGCCACCGGCAACGUCCGCGGACGAGCCACCGAGAUCGAGAUCGCCCCCGACGAAAGGGUCGCCCUCCUGAGCUGCGAGCACCGCUUCCGCUCCUGGGACGCCGGCGCCCACUGCCUCUCGGCCCUCAGGCUCGAGAUCGAGGGGCCCGGCGGCCGGCGGCGCGCCGCGCUUGCGGUCGGGUACGGCCAGAAGCGCUUCGCCGACCGCGCGCACCGCGUCCCCGGGCACAUCAGCGAGACCGACGGCGACCUGGAUGUCGUGGCCUUCCCUGAAGGCCUCACCCUUGCAGGAAUCGCCGGCAGGGCGGGGGACAGCUGGGACCAAGUGCGGCUGCUGGCCUGCCCCUUCCUGCCGGAGCCGGCGUGGGCCCCCGCCCUGCACCGCCGCUGCCCGCCGCCGUUCCGGGAGCAGACCCGCGCACUGCUGCUGUCCCUGGCGCGGCUGUCAAAAUGCGGCGGCGGCGGCAGCUCGCACGACGACAAAGAGGGCGGCGGCGAUGGCGGCGGCGGCACGAGCGGCGGGGACGGGCUCUGGUGA